AUGACUCAUGAUUCAUUUAAGAAAGGAGCGGAAGCGAGAGAAACACUUACUUUGAAACCGUGGCUGCAAGAGAGCCCAAGCCAACGCCACAAGCUCAUCGAGUUCCACUGUGGCGACGCUCUCAGUUUCAUGCAGGCCCGAGAAGCUCUCGAGACCAUGAGGCACGAGCACGCGAAGAACGACUGCGGGUUCUUCGCCUUCACGAUGGUCAGGCAGCCGCUGGAGUGGCUUGUCUCGCUGUACGACGACCUGUGCCACCGGAGGCUGAAGGGGCACAAGGAGACGUGUCCGCAGCAGAAUAGCAUGACCCCCAAGCAAGAGAUGCUCGCGUAUCCCCACAGGGACGGACUGGUCAGCUACUUGGCACACGGGUUCAAUGGCUGGGCGUCGCCCGGAUCAGUGGAUGAGCGCACCGUAGAGGAGAUAUUGGAAUCCUUCGGAAGGCAUCUCGAUCUCGUGGCCCUUACCAGCGAGGUGCCACAGAUUAGGAGGUACCUGACGAGACGGUUUGUGGCCCCCCACGGCGUUCUCACGCCUCAAGUGGAAGAUAAUCUUGACCGGGGGGAGCUGCAAAAUGCCAACAAAGUCAAGACGAUCCGACUAAGCGACUUCGAUCCCGAUGAGCUGGCACAGCUCAACUCGACCAUCCAGCUAGACUGGAUGCUGUACGAAGGUGUACUCGCCACGCACGAACCGGUUCAGGGGUAACCGUUGGGAUGGUUCACUUGUAGCCGUCGUGACGGUUGGCGCGUAACCGACCGGUUCAGUUGCAGCCGUCGUUACGGUUGGCUAACCGCCCGGUAGUUCAUUCUCUCUUGAAAUAGAGAAAGGGUGGCAGCGCUGGGUACGACAACGUCGCCCGUCGAGGAACGCUUCUGGCACUGCUGUGGUGGUAAAGUUUUCUUUGGCAGGCGAUCAGCCUGGGUGGUUCGCUGGGGUGCUGUGUACGGCUGUGCGAUUCAGGUUAUCUUAGUUUGUGUUAGCAAAUACCGUUGUCACAUGAUGGAACGAGUAGCGAUGCUUCGCCACGCGUGUACGUGUGGGGACGUUUGUAACUAGUUCAGAUGUUGGCUUGAAUUUUUAUCAAGUUCUGAGCUUGGGUCUCUGUCGACCAAAGGUGUUUU